CCGGAGAGACUCGGUGUUGGACCGGAGAGACUCGGUGUUGGACCGGAGAGACUCGGUGUUGGACCGGAGAGACUCGGUGUUGGACCGGAGAGACUCGGUGUUGGACCGGAGAGACUCGGUGUGGAACAUCCGCUGCAGCAUGAUGGCGUCUGACGGCCUGGACGAGACAUCCCCGCUGCUGUCCACUCCAACCUCACCCCCAUACCUGCAGGAGCACAGUCCCGGAGCGGAACUACCUCCCCCUUACACGGCCAUCGCCAGCCCGGACGCGAGCGGCGUGCCGGUCAUCAACUGCCGCGUGUGCCAGUCGCUCAUCCAGCUGGACGGCAAGCUGCACCAGCACGUGGUCAAGUGCACGCUGUGCAACGAGGCCACCCCCAUCAAGAACCCGCCCACGGGGAAGAAGUACGUGAGGUGUCCCUGCAACUGCCUGCUCAUCUGCAAAGACACGUCCAGGAGGAUAGGGUGUCCUCGGCCCAACUGCAGACGCAUCAUCAACCUGAGCCCCGUGGUGGUCGUCCCUGAGGAGCAGCCAGCCCAGCCUGCCCUGCCCCUGCAGCCUGAGGGCACGCGGGUGGUCUGUGGACACUGUGGAAACACUUUCCUGUGGAUGGAGCUGCGCUUCAACACCUUGGCCAAAUGUCCCCACUGCAAGAAAAUCUCGUCAGUGGGCAGUGCUCUCCCGAGGAGGCGAUGUUGUGCUUACAUCAGCGUGGGAAUGAUGUGCAUCUUCAUUGGAGUGGGACUAACUGUGGGAACGCGAGACUUGGCCGCCCGCUACAGCGCCACCUACGUGUCCUGGGUCUUGGCCUACUUGCUGGGUCUGGUCUGCUUGCUGCGUGCUUGCUACUGGGGAGCCAUCACUGUCAGCCACCAUGAGAACUGCUUUGCCUGAACACCACACCUCUAACACCAGCUGCAAGACCACUAACACCAGGUGGAAGACCUCUAACACCAGGUGCAAGACCACUAACACCAGGUGGAAGACCUCUAACACCAGGUGGAAGACCUCUAACACCAGCUGCAAGACCACUAACACCAGGUGGAAGACCUCUAACACCAGGUGGAAGACCUCUAACACCAGGUGGAAGACCUCUAACACCAGGUGCAAGACCUCUAACACCAGGUGGAAGACCUCUAACAUAAGAUGGAAGACCUCUAACACCAGGUGCAAGACCUCUAACACCAGGUGGAAGACCUCUAACACCAGGUGGAAGACCUCUAACACCAGGUGGAAGACCUCUAACACCAGGUGCAAGACCUCUAACACCAGGUGGAAGACCUCUAACAUAAGAUGGAAGACCUCUAACACCAGGUGCAAGACCUCUAACACCAGGUGGAAGACCUCUAACACCAGGUGGAAGACCUCUAACACCAGGUGGAAGACCUCUAACACCAGGUGGAAAACCUCUAACACCAGGUGGAAGACCUCUAACACCAGGUGGAAGACCUCUAACACCAGGUGGAAGACCUCUAACACCAGGUGCAAGACCUCUAACACCAGGUGGAAGACCUCUAACACCAGGUGCAAGACCUCUAACACCAGGUGGAAGACCUCUAACACCAGGUGGAAAUUAAGCGCUCCCUCCAGGAUCUUGUCAUGUGACUUCUUCUUCUUCUUCUUCACUUGAUGACGUCAUUAAUAAUUGGAACCGGAACAUUAAACGAUUAGCAUAAAAGCUAGCAUAAAACGUUAGCAUGCUAACAUAAGAGACGUUAGCCUACUUCCAAGAUGGCGCCAAGUAUCAAAAACCUUGAUUUUUAGGUUAAAACAUACAAAAAUUAGCUUAAAAAGUUAGCAUAAAACAUUAGCAUGCUAACAAAAGAGACGUUAGCCUACUUCCAAGAUGGCGCCAAGUAUCAAAAAGCAGGAUUUUUAGGUUAAAACAUACAAAAAUUAGCUAAAAAAGUUAGCAUGCUAACAUUAGCAUGCUAACAUAAGAGACGUUAGCAUACUUCCAAGAUGGCGCCAAGUAUCAAAAAACAUGAUUUUUAGGUUAAAGCGUACAAAAUUAGCUAAAAAGCUAGCAUAAAACGUUAGCAUGCUAACAUAAGAGAUGUUAGCCUACUUCCAAGAUGGCGCCAAGUAUCAAAAAGCAGGAUUUUUAGGUUAAAACAUACAACAAUUAGCUAAAAAAGUUAGCAUGCUAACAUAAAAGACGUUAGCAUACUUCCAAGAUGGCGCCAAGUAUAAAAAAACAUGAUUUUUAGGUUAAAGCGUACAAAAUUAGCUAAAAAGCUAGCAUAAAACGUUAGCAUGCUAACAUAAGAGACGUUAGCCUACUUCCAAGAUGGCGCCAAGUAUCAAAAAGCAUGAUUUUUAGGUUAAAACGUACAAAAAUUAGCUAAAAAAGUUAGCAUGCUAACAUUAGCAAGCUAACAUAAGCGAUGUUAGCUUACUUCCAAGAUGGCGCCAAGUAUAAAAAAACAUGAUUUUUAAGUUAAAACAUUCAAAAAUUAGCUAAAAAAGUUAGCAUGCUAACAUAAGAGACGUUAGCCUACUUCCAAGAUGACGCCAAGUAUCAAAAAGCAUGAUUUUUAGGUUAAAACGUACAAAAUUAGCUAAAAAGCUAGCAUAAAACGUUAGCAUGCUAACAUAAGAGACGUUAGCAUACUUCCAAGAUGGCGCCAAGUAUCAAAAAACAUGAUUUUUAGGUUAAAGCGUACAAAAUUAGCUAAAAAGCUAGCAUAAAACGUUAGCAUGCUAACAUAAGAGACGUUAGCAUACUUCCAAGAUGGCGCCAAGUAUCAAAAAGCAUGAUUUUUAGGUUAAAACAUACAAAAAUUAGCUUAAAAAAGUUAGCAUGCUAACAUUAGCAUGCUGGCUAAUGAAAUGUGCAACAAACAUAAAUACUGUGCAAUACAUGUUUGUACACUACAUUACCCAGAAGCCUUAGCGCCGUAGACAGGAAGAGGAAGUAGAUGUGAGCAGGAGAAGUAGAAACUGCUCCAACUCCAAGUUGGGACUCGAACAGGGAUCCUCCAACUGUGCCACACCAGCUCCAUGUAGUGGUACGCCAAAUAGUCAAUAUUCUACACACAGUGUUACAGCUUUUAAUGAAUACUUAGGCCUACUGCGUGGUCCCGGUGACGUCCUGGAGGGACACAAACAGAACAUCAGAGAAUAUGUCAACAAUGGACUUCCUGCUAGAAGCUGCACACUGACUACUUUAAACAUAGUUUAUUUAUUUCAACACCUUUUUUUUCAAAGCAGCAUUUAUCAAUAAAACCCCCAAGUGCA